AUGGGGAACAGACAAGGCCGUGUCUGGGGAUACACAGAGCGGGGGAAGCUUUCUCGCAGUGUUAGUGAACCAGAGGCAUUUGAGCGUAUCUGGGCCCGAACUUCAAGACGACGUCCUCGUUCGUCCACAUUAACAAAUCCUUAUGCUGCAUCACUUACCAAGUGGCCCGUUCCACAAGUGGAGUCACUGUUUUUACCGGAGUAUGUUGUCCGACACAAUAUGGCAGUAACAGAUUUUGAGAUUUUAUAUCCCUUGUCGAGAGGUGGGUUUGGACAAGUAUUAAAAGUACAGAAAGUAGAGGAUAAAAAGUUUUAUGCAAUGAAGAUAAUUUCCAAGGGUGAUGUAAUCAAGAAUGACAUUGUCAAGCAGUGCAAACAAGAAGCCCUAAUACAGAGUGUGUUAUGUCGCCAUCCAUUUAUAAUAACAGCUAUGUAUAUGUGGCAGACAAGAACUCAUCUCUUUCUUGUCACUGACUACUUGGACCAUGGUGAUUUAUUCACUCUCUGGGCUAUGGAGCAUUAUUUCACUGAAGACAUUGUUAGAAUUUAUGCAGCAGAGUUAGCUCUAGCUUUGGAUUUUCUGCAUACAUCUGGAGUUGUGUACAGAGAUCUUAAGAUGGAGAAUGUUCUUUUAGAUGAUGAAGGACAUAUCAAAUUAACUGAUUUUGGAUUAGCGAGAUGGUUAUCACGAGGUCAUAGGGCAUCAACAAUAUGCGGCACAAUGCAAUAUAUGGCUCCAGAGGCACUGAAUCCUAAGCAGCCAUACAGUUACACUGUGGAUUGGUGGUCUCUGGGUAUCGUAAUGUAUGCCAUGUUGACAGGAAAAUACCCGGUUGAGUGUUCUGGCUCUCAUCUGGAUAUGUACCAGAAAAUCAUGGAUUGUAAAUAUGACUUGCCCAAUAAUAUCUCCAUUGCUGCAAGGAAUAUUGUCAAAGGGUUACUUGCUAAAGAUCCAGCUCGACGACUACAGCAUAUAGAUAUUCUAAAAAGACAAGAGUUCUUUCAACUGUUGUCUUUUGACGGUGUCUUGGAAAAGAGAUUGUCUCCCAAAACCAUGCUACAGAGGAAAAACAAAGCGAGGCGUACAUUGUCCACGCCGGACUUGAGUUCAAAUAGUCGUCAACGCAAAAAGAACACAAACAGAUAUUCAGCCGCAACUAGAAUGGAAGAGUCAAUGAAUACAAUGAUUAAGAAUUUUGAUUGGGUCAAUCCAUUAUUUACGGAUUUGUAA